CUCCCAUAACGCUUACUGUCGCGACUCGUGGACUAACACGCGUGGUGCGACUGACCUCCCGAUUCUCGGCAUCCGAUGCGAUGAAGAGUCACCCGCGGGCCAUGGUUGAAACGACUCGAUAAAACUCCAGGCGACGAGACAAAGUGGCUCACUGUCGCCAGUGGGCUACACUAAGGGUGCGCCUUCAUUUACUGCCCGGCUCCUUCGACAGCCUUCAAGUAGGGUGACUGAAGAACACUCGAUCGGAAUCUUACCCAAGCCUGCCUUCGCGUGCGGAUUCGGGCUCUCGGGAUCGAUCUCCUCUCACGUUGUGUACAGUUCUGCCACCUUCGACUCAUUCGGGAUAAACUUUGCUCUCAUUAGCGUCGCUUUGUGCUUCGAGGGAAUUGACCCUUACGGAUAAAGCUCAUAUGCACACGAUGGCCUCUCCACGCGGCCACCGUCCAGGUCCCAGGCCUGUUCCUGCGCCUUCGAAUACCGUCCUCCUCGCGACCCAAGCCCAGUGGCUCUUCACUGAUGAGGAGCUCACACGAACGCCGUCACAGCUCGAUGGGAUGAAGAUGGAGGCGGAAAAUAUCUCCCGCAGCAAGGGCGUGAAUUUCAUCUCCCAGGUGGGUAUCAUGCUCAAGCUGCCGCAACUCACGCUUGCGACGGCCGCCGUCUACCUCCAUCGUUUCUUCAUGCGAUACAGUAUGGUCGAUCUACCGCAACGACCCGGAAUGCACCCCUACCCCAUCGCUGCUACGGCACUGUUCCUGGCUACAAAAGUUGAUGAAAAUGUGCGGAGGAUGAAGGAGCUUGUGGUUGCUUGCUGUCGGGUAGCCCAGAAGCAGCCGAAUCUGGUGGUUGACGAGCAGUCCAAAGAGUUUUGGAAAUGGCGCGACACGAUUCUCGUCAACGAGGAUACCCUACUGGAGGCGCUGUGCUUCGACCUGCAGCUGGAAGAGCCGUAUCGCAUCCUCUACGAAUUCCUGCUGUUCUUCAACGUGGCCGAUAACAAACAGAUGCGCAAUGCGUCAUGGGCCUUCGUCAAUGAUUCGAUGUUUACCGUCCUGUGCCUACAGUUCACCGCUCGCAACAUCGCCGCCGCCGCGCUGUACGCCGCCGCCAAGCAUUGCGACGUCGGUUUUGAAGACGACGAACUCGGUCGGCCCUGGUGGGAGCAAAUCGAUGUGGACAUCCACGAGGUGCGUCGUACGGUCACGAGAAUGGCACAAUUAUAUGAACACAAUGCCUUGCAAAGAAAUACGUACUAUCUGUCCGCCCCCACCGCGUCAGACGAGGGUACUGAGAAGACCAGGAUCCCGCGCGCGGGCGGUACGACAGAGUCCGCGCCAGGAACAGACCCCGUCAAUGGGCGCAAGCGGUCCAGGGAGCCCGAAGAGCAGACUCACGACCGCACCCUGCACGAAUCGACUACAUCGCGCGACCACGAGCCAGCUAGACAGAAUGGUACACGGUCGCCGAAGCGACAGCGGAGGGAAUCAGAAGGCGUGGUGGCCGAGAGAGGCCCUGCGCAUGAAUCCUCGACUGUUCCCUACUCUAAUGGAGGGCCACCGUCAUCCCAAGACCGACACCACGGCAACGGUCACGUUCCUGCGGGACAACUCCCGCCGCCUCCCCAUCACUCACAACCACGCCAUCCGCAUCCUCUGCCCCCUGCCCCUCGACCGUUCCCUCGCCGUGAUAGCGCCAGCCGGGGAAGUAAGCCGGGGCAACCGGUGGAUCCGAUCCAGCAACGGAUCGACGAGAUAGUACAACAGAACAUGUCCUCCCACGGGUCUCCGGGCUCUGCUAGAUCUGAGCGACGGCCAAUAGACCGUCAUCGAAGUGACUGGGACGUAGAAUCAGACGAGCGCAGGCGACGCCCAUCUGCUGGUGGCAGGAAGCCAUCCUACGAAGAACAUUCGAACCACUCCCGUGCACCACCUCCACCUGCUCCUCCACCUCCUCCUCCGCCACCUCCUCCGGAAGAAGCCCGGCCACCGUCACCGGAACCAACGAAAGCCGUUGAGAAUGAUGAUGAGGGCGGCGGGAGUGAGGAGGGCGAGCUUUGAUGAGCGGAGUUUUGCUCUUUCUUGAUUCUUGCUUUAUUUCAUGAGAACUCAUAGAUAUCUACUAUGCACUGGAAGCUGCUGCACUGUAUAUAGUGCAACUCUGACGGAUCGGAAGGAACUCCAGCAGCUCGAGCAGAAUCGUGCUCUUUGUCUUCUUUUGCUAAUUCUUCGAUGGGCUAACAUUGCUCAUUCAUUGCUACUUCGCUUGGCUUGGCGCUGUGUUGGUUGUAUGGAGAGAGGCGAAGGGAUUGGGGAUGAGAGGGACAUUAUGUACUAUACCUUUUGCUUAGACUUGAAUCAU